GUUAUCUGGAAGGCCGGUGUAAACUUCUUGAGGCCGUCAUGCGUGUGCCAGUACUACUACUGCUGGGAAUGGUGUCCGGGCUCUGUAGCAGUGAUCAGUCAUGUCCGGAAGUAAAAGUUUUGGGAAUUGGGGAAAAUGACAAAUUGUCGAUUCUUCGAGGCUGUCCUGGUCAUCCUGGCCUCCCGGGUCAAAAAGGAGAUGUUGGGGCACCAGGAGAAAAAGGGCAAACGGGAUCUGUGGGAGGACCAGGAAAGGUUGGACCUCCAGGCAAAAAAGGAGAGAAAGGAGAAAGAGGGACGACUGAGCCAGUCUAUGCUGCCAGGAACUGCAAAGAAAUACAAUAUCAGGGGGCAGUCCUCAGUGACUGGUAUACCAUAUAUCCAGAUGGCAGCCGGCCCCUGAAGGUCCUGUGUGAUAUGGACACAGAUGAUGGAGGAUGGAUUGUAAUACAGAGACGUUGGGAUGGGUCAGUAGACUUCUUCCGCACUUGGGAUGCUUAUAAGAAAGGCUUUGGCAGUCGGCUAAGUGAGUUUUGGCUGGGAAAUGAAAAUAUUCAUCAAAUAACUUUAACAGGAACAUGGGAAUUACGUGUUGAUCUACAAGAUUUUGAAGGCAAAAUUGUGUUCGCCAAGUAUGCAAGCUUUAAAGUAUUGGAUGAAUCUGAGAAAUACAAAUUAAUAAUUGGAGCCUAUCAGGAAGGAACUGCAGGAGAUUCUAUGGGAGGUCUAAACCACAUGAAGUUUAGCACUAAAGAUGAAGACAACGACAUUUCUAAGAGCAGUUGUUCCUCACUGUAUAAAGGCGGCUGGUGGUAUAGCGAUUGUCACAGGGCAAACCUUAAUGGACUCUACCACCUAGGAGUGCACACAUCUAAUGCAGAUGGCAUCAACUGGUAUACUGCCAGAGGGCAUAAAUACUCGUACAAGCAUGCAGAAAUGAAGAUUAGGCCUGUUUAGAUGGAGGAACAGUCCCAGCAAUUUGUGGAUUUUCAAAUAUUUGUUCAAAGAUUCUUGUAUUUUCUAACUGCAUUGAUGGAUGCCAAAGCUCAGUGUGGGCGACCCUGACUGCACGGGCCUGGUGGGUGAAGGGUUCAGUUUGGCUGGAGAAGGCAGAGUGUAUUGGCUGCCUGGUCAAAGUUGUAGCUAGAUUUUCCUUCACCUGGGAAGACUAAGUUCUCUGCUCUAGGCCUUCAUUUAAAUACCCUGACCAAUGUGCGGUGGCCCAGCACCCAGUGCAAAUGUCUCACCGGCUUCCCCUUCCUAUAGAUAGUCCUUGUAAAUAGCUCCCUAUAGGUUUGGUUCUAGGUAGGACUGGGAAAGUUUAGGCUUCCUGGGCCCAAGUGCAAAAGCAAUGCUGGGCCUCCAAUUAACCACCGAUGACUCCACAUGCCAUCAUUACUAAUGCUGAUAUCCUAUAUAUAAAAUGUAUAUAAAUCAAUAAAUCUAUUAUACUCCUA